CGGCAGGCGGAGGAGGAGGAGUGUAGCUGUCUGCGCUCACUUCUCCACAGCGAGGGGACUCCGAGAAUAAACAAUUUCCACAGACUACGCGCUCCACACCUCGGCUCGCUCACAGGCGCAGCAUUCAUUUGUAGAAUUAAAAAAUCAAAUCAAAUCAAAAGGAGGCUUUUUAGAAAUUAUUUCGGACUUGAUUUUUUCCUCCCUCGAAGCCUGCCUCGCCAUUUCUGCUUCCUGCCAAAAGUGUCGCGACCGUUUUCAUUGGAUUUGCCUCCUCCUGUCGAAUGAUAACGAUGCGCCUCUGUGGGGUGGACGAACGCAGGUCCCCCCCAUGUGAGAUCUGCAAAGCUGAAAGGCGCCGCUGACAGAACCACAGCCAGGCCAUAGGACAGACAUCCCAAACAUCCACAGCCACGGAAUGUGUCAACAUCUUUGUGGUGAAAUCCCGCUGACUCCUCAGUUGCUUUUCACAUAAGCCUCGAGCUGGGCCUUCUGGGAUCCUGCGGCGUUUAAAGGCAUACAACAAUGCCUGGGAGGCCUACCUGCCCCGGAUUGUCUCCAGCCAUGGUUGCUGUUUUAACACAGUGGUGACUGUGCCCACUACAGAGAGGAUCACAUCCAUCUAGUGCAUCCACCCCUCCCCUCUGCUGUACACUGACUCGGUGAAAUAGCCUGCCCGCUUUUUGGUAUUUAGGAAGUACAUGCCACUGUCAACCAGAUGACCUAGUGGACAUAUUUCCCAGUAAGAAGUGCUGAGCCAUACGAGGGGAUCCUAGUAUUGAACAUGACUCAUGGGGAGGAGCCUGGCCCUGAGACACACAAGGAUUCAGCUGUUCUAACUUAUCUGGAAGGUUUACUGAUGCAUCCAGUGGUGGCCGGGCCUGGGGCCACGGCAAGUGGGAGGUCUGAGGCUGCCCACAGCAAUCAGGAGCAGGGUGAUAAGGUGGGUGGGCCCUUCCAACUGCCCAACCAUGGACCCACAGCUCCCAAGGGUGGAACCAAUGGGCCCACUCUGGGUUCUUCUCAGCACCUCAAGAAAGCCCGCUUACUGCGCUCGGGAGCUUGGAAUGAUCCAGGGAACCAGCGAAUGAGCUCACCCCCAGCGGAGCUGAAUGGCCAAGUGGGAGGGAUGCAGAAUGGAGCACUAGAGGGAUCUCCUCAUGCUGGAGAGAGCACCCUGCUUGCGUCACUGCUUCAGUCAUUUAGCUCACGACUUCAGAGUGUGGCGAUGUCUCAGCACUCUAAUAAACCCCCGAGUGAGUGUUCGUCUCCAUCCAAGGCGCCACCUGCAGACAAAGAGCCACUACCUGUGUACGGGACAGCCUCAAGCCGCUUAAAGGGCCUGAUGAGAAAGAGCAAACUUCAGAAUCAUAGCAACACACCUUACAGUCGUCGUGGACACAGCCAGGACAGACCCCCAGAAUCACCUCGCUCAGCACACAGUGCCACGCCUCCUGCUGCUCCUACAGCUGCAGAUUCAGUUUCCUGUGCAGAGCGACUGAAGGCCGUGGCUAACAUAGUGAAAAUCCGCUCUAGUCCGGCGCCUUCACCUAAGCCCAGUGUCGCCUGCAGUCAGCUGGCCCUGCUGCUGUCCAGCGAAGCCCAUCUCCAGCAGUAUUCCAGGGAGCAUGCACUCAAAGCACAGCUCUCUGGAAGAUCAGCCAGCGAAAGACUAGCUGCCAUGGCAAACCAGCAGCACAACCAGGACAAAAGGCCACCCAGUCUGCCCGGAGCUCCAGACACGCUAAGCUCCUUAACAACCCAAAAUGGAAUGACAACAACCACCACAGUAACGACAACACUCCCUCGAAUGGCCCUGUCAAAUCCACAGAGCCCCUCUUUGCUGCGUGGCCACAGCCAAAGCUCCCCACCCACUCCCCCACGUGCUCCAAGCCACACUCACAGCCAGCCACCUCGGGAGAAACGAGGCUUUGACUCGCGUCCAACCCGCCCACCCCAGACAUGCAGUAGCUUGCUGCUGCUGCUGCUGAACAAUCACAACAACCAGAAGCAGCUGACCAAGAAUGGGCAUUUGGAGGACAGCUGUGGCAUUCUGCCACCAAGUGGCUCCUCUUCAGUCACCUCAGACAGCGAAUGCUCCACCCAGGAGCGGAGCCUGACCAAGGACAGCAGCGAUGCCGAGAGCUCCUACUCGAGUUGCUCACCCAUUGACCUCUCCAUGAGAAGCCGUGUCAAUAUGCAAGAUGGAGGGCUCAAAACUACAGUUCCCUCUUCCUCCGCCUCUUUCACCUCUACCCUCUCUACUUCCGCCCCAGGUGCAUUCUCUCCUCAAGCUUCUGCUCAGCCCCCCACCACAACUUUAUCUCCAUCUUCUACUGUUGUCUCCUCUGUUUCCACCUCUAUUUCUUCCUCUUCCUGUAUCUCUACCUCUUCCCUGGACAAACUAACAGAAUCUUUAAUAAACAAGUGGAAGCCAGAGCCAUCAGGAUCAAAGGUGUCCAAGGGCAAGGACCCUGAAAUGAGCCCAGACCUAAAGUCCCACCCUAAAGUCACACUCAUGCAGCUUCUUCUUGAGCGCAGAAAUAAUGAGAUGGUUAAGAAAAAUGUUGGUAACCAAGAUUCACCUCUUGAUGUAACUGUAGCCACCAUGUCUCGAAACCAGCCAAAAGGACUGGUAUCUUGGGAAGAGGCGAGGACACAAAGCCCCAUAGAUAGGUCUGUAGCUCCAGCUCAGCCCCUCUACUCACUUGGCCGUGACCCAAGCGGUGCUCUGUCCCCAUAUUCCUACCCUUCCCCCAACGUCCAAUCCAGCCCACUGGAUUUGUGUAAAUCUAAAACCUUCCCUGCUGAGAAGGCCUCAGAGCCCGCCUUCAGUGCUAGUAAACUGUUACAGAAUCUGGCUCAGUGUGGGACAGCUUCCUCCCCACCCACCCCCUCUGGUAAAGGGCUGGGCCAGGAGCACGAUGCCAGCAGGCCCCUUGCCCUUUUGGAAAGACUCAAUGCUCCAAUCGGCAGGACCACCACCACCACUCCACUCUCUGAUGGAGCUUCAGGUAGUGGCACACCCUUCAGUAGGAAGGAAGCUUCUCCUCCUUCAUCACAGAUUGAGAACCUUCUGGAAAGGCGCACCGUGCUGCAGCUCCUUCUAGGAACAAGCUCAGCUACAGCGACUGUGAGCCGCAAAGACAGGCCUAGUGGCAGUGGCAGGAGGAGUGUGGAGGCAGCGGGGGGAUGCAGUGAGAAGAACCCUGGUGCUCACGUCACCUGCGACAGCUCCAAUGGCCCCCCUCUGGAUGUAAAGGUCAAAUCGGAGCUCAUGGAGGACGUGGGACCAUCCUCUGCCAUGUCUGAGGACGUGAUUGGCAGAAAGAGGCUGAGUUGCUAUGAGAAGAAUAGCCUCGUCUCAGAUUCCCAGCAGGACUUAAAGGCUGAACCCCGGCCUGCAGAGGUUAUAGCAAAAUAUGGCCUCCUCAGCCAGUUGCUUAAACAACAGACUGCUACCUACUAUACCAGUGCUGCUAUGCAGGCUGACACACAGCUCAGACAGGUUAAAGAGGAACAGAGGGAGUAUCCGAGCCCAAGCCCUAAGAAGAGGCGGCUCUGUUCAGAUCGGACUGAUAAUUUGAGUAACAUCAGCUCUCCAAGAGCAGUGGACAGUGGUGACACAAAUAUUUUUGCCUCCUCUGUUGUUCCGGUAGAGCCUCAGCAGCAGAGGACUCUAAAGGAAGAAGAGGUUCCUCCAAAGAGCCCACCGAGUGAAACCCUUACACGAGAGAGCCGGGGCUUCAAUGUGCUCAAACAGCUGCUGCUCUCCGACAACUGCCUAAAGGAGCUGUCCCAGCAGCCCCGGGGGGCGCCCAGUCCUUCCGUCCUCCAGACCAACGGCAAGGCCAACGGUAGCAUUCUCACUCAGCCUGCCCAAAAUCACAGCUUCCUCCAACUGCCCAGCUGGCAUCCCCACGGUUCCCUCAACUCAGGGUUUCCAAGUAAUCUCAGACCACUACCCACCCCUCCUCCAGGUGACAGUUCUCUGCGCUCCCCUUGGAGUCGCCACCCGUCCCCGUGGCCCAUCACUCAAAAACGGGAGACGCCUACUUUAGUCAAACAGGAGCCUGAGAGCCCUGUGCGGUGGAGUAGUCAAGAGAACGAAGAGGAGGACGAGGGUUGUGACUCAAACCCAGACUCUCCACGGCUCUCGCGGUCCAACCCCAUCCUAUAUUACAUGCUGCAGAAGGGCAGCAUCCAGCUAAGGAAGGAGGGGAGAGAUCAGGCAGAGGGAGCCCAUUCUGUGGUCAGAGUUAAAGAAGAGCCUAUCAGUGACAUGCAUGCCUAUGAACGCAGCCUGAGCUCUACCCCUCAAUCACCCACCCACAACGACAAGCACAGCCAUGAGAGCCAGGGGCUGAGCCAGUCGUCUGAGUAGAAUUUGUAUCAACUGCAGAAAAAUAGAAAUGGAAAGAAAUUCACUGACUCUGUUUGUUUUUCAUUUUUUGAAUGACUUGCCAAAUUGGUCUGAUGAGACAAAUGACAAAGAAUGCAAAUUGAAUGAUUUUUUUUUU